AUGAAUAAUGGAUACAUUAAAAUAUUUUUUUUUGUUUUAAUUUUGUUCAUAUAUGUGAACAAUAAUCAAGUCCUUACAAGCGACUGUGUAGCAGAUAAUGCUGCUUCAUCCCCAGUAGCUCCAUUCGAUAUAGACUCAUUAGAGACAGCAUCGUUUGAAACAGCAUCAUUAGAAACAGCAUCAUUAGAAACCGUAUCAUUAGAAACAUCUUCAUUUGAAACAACUCCGCGCAAAACGACUCGAGUCAAAAAAACUAAAUCCAAAAGAAUUCCAUACAAAAGAAUUCCAUCAGAAACAUCUUCAUCCGAAUCUCUGUCUGAAAUAUCUCGACCCAAAAAACCCCGAUCCAAAAAAACUCGAUCCAAAAAAACCCGAUCCAAAACAGCACAAUCUGAAAUAGGUAUAUCCAAAACAGCAUCACCUGAAAUAAAUAUAUCCAAAAAAAAACGAUCCAAAAAAAAACGAUCCAAAACGACUAUAUCCAAAACACCAUCAUCCGAAAUAAAUGUAUCCAAAACAGCAUCAUCCGAAAUAAAUGUAUCCAAAACAGCAUCAUCCGAAAUAAAUGUAUCCAAGACAGCGCCAUCCGAAAUAGAUGUAUCCAAAACAGCACCAUCCGAAAUAAAUGUAUCCAAGACAGCGCCAUCCGAAAUAAAUGUAUCCAAAACAGCACCAUCCGAAAUAGAUGUAUCCAAAACAGCACAAUCUGAAAUAGAUGUAUCCAUAACAGCAUCAUCUGAAAUAGAUAUAUCCAAAACAGCACCAUCUGAAAUAGAUAUAUCCAUAAUAGCAUCAUCUGAAUUAGAUAUAUCCAAAACAGAACCAUCUGGAAUAGUUCUACCCAUAUCCGUUUUAACUAAUCCUCCUUCACCUCAUAUUGACAAGCACUUAUUAUGCACAAAUCCUGAAGAAACAAAAAAAGCAACAGAAGUUAUGGAAGAAGCUGUCGAGCUUUUAAAAUACUAUGCUAUAACUAAGAAUGAUUAUAAAUAUUAUUGUACGAGUGAUGAGGGCGUAGAUAUAUAUCAUAGGAGCCAUGGGCAUAAGUUCUACAUUGGAAAAUGUAAUUUUAAAAUUUCUAAUCCCGAGAAGUAUGAUGAUAUAGUAGAAAUACUAUGGGACCCCGAUGGCCCCAAAAAAUUCGACGAUAAUCAUAUUAAAGGAAAAGUUGCCCGUUCGUAUAAUCAAAAUUUGUUAAUGAUACUAAAAUUUUACAAAAAUAAUAUGUUAUCGUCCCCGAGAUAUUUUCAUGCUUUAGCCAAAAAAGCUCAAAUAUCAGAAAAUACAACUAUAAUUGUCAUGGCUUCAGGAAAUAUAAAUGAUAACAACCUUUUCAAUAGAAAAAUCUAUAAAAACAAACUUUUAAAAAGCAUGAAUUCAUUCGAAACAAGCAUUGAUCUUGACGAUGAUAUUAAAAAUAGAUACUUUAAAAAGACGUUUGUUAACUUAUGUGGAUACAUGAUUACCAAAAAACCAAAUCACGUUAAUGUUACCUUUAUCAACUCGAUAAAUUUUAAUCCUUUAUUUCCAAUAAAAUGGUUUAUUAAAAAUGCAAAUGCAGAAGCAAUGUUGAAUUUUACACCCUUAAAAUAUUACUUUGAUGAUAAAUAA